AGCAGAGAAAUAAUGUCAGAUGAGUGUGUAUAGUGGAAAAAUAUCACCAUUAACUGGCUUGACAUACAUAGGAAGGUACGAAACCAACGGAAAAGCACUCACAGUACUUUCUAAAAAAUGUUUUUGUUUUGUUUUUCCUGUUGGUACAUUUGAUGUACGUUCUCUCCAUCCUGUGUUUAUAGCUGUUUGGAAAGAAGAUAGAAGCGACAGACUUCUAUAAGUCUGUGACAUGCUCAUAUACGCGAUCUUAAUAAUUGCAUGGUGUUCAUAUAGACAGGAGUUCCCAUCUUUGACCAGCUGUCUUAAAUUUAUAAAAGUAGUUCAAAGUAUGGAUUUCAUAAUAAUAAAUCAAAUGUCAAUCUUAGUUUAUCAGUCUAUCAGUCUCUGUUAUUUUUAGGGCGGUAUAUACUGAUCCCGUUUUCGAUCUCUUCCCCUAUAUAGUAGAAAAUCGCUACUAUAAAUAAACCAACCCAACCAACUGCUAAUCAGUCUUCUUCGUAUUGACUGCCGAGGAUCCAUCUAUCAGCAAUUUGUUAACAUGAAACAAGUUUGUGAAGGCAGAUCGUCGUAUAUCGACAUCGUGAACAUCUGCUGUGUACACAGGAUAAACAAACAAUACAGAGCUUUGGUGAUCACGUGAUAUCUUGCUAUUUCCGGUAGUGACACAAGGGAAGUUGACAAGGAGCAUAAAGAGACACAACAGAUGAAGUUUAAUUGAAGGCGGAAGACACUGUUCAAGUGUUCAGCAGACAAUGGCAGCUGCAGAAAUGAUGGCCAACCGAGCUCAGGUGUGCCUUCAGUUCAUGGACAAACUCAAUGAUGUAUUCGGAUCCAGCCAUUUUUGUGAUCUCAUUUUUGAACUGAGGGGUCGUCAGUUUUUUGCUCAUCGAGCAGUCCUUGCUGCUUGGAGCCCAUUGGUGUAUGGGAUUUUCUCCAAGGAAAAAUGCAUGAUAGAGAAAAUUCGUCUAAAUUAUGACAACAUAGAGGCCUUUGGCAGUUUUGUGUCUUUCUUAUAUUCUGGCCAGCUGAAUUCAGAUGCAGAAGGACACUUGAUACAGGUUCUGCACCUGGCCACCAGUCUUCAGGUUAACAUUUUGCGCCACACUUGUGAAGAGGCUCUGAAACGCCAGCUUCACAUUGGAAACAUAAUCUCUACGUUCCAUGUCGCUCGCAAGUUCCGCUUGCCUAACCUGGAGGAGUAUGCCCUCAACUUUAUGCAGAUGAAUCUACCAGAAGCUGUUAAGCAGACAGACUUUCUCAGUUUAAGUCCACCUCGCUUCAACAGUUUCCUGUCGAGUGGCUGGGUAUGUGUGAUGAAGCCAGAAGUGAAGCUGUUCCUUAUUAUCAGUUGGCUGGGAUAUGAUGUCAAAGAGCGACAACAGUACCUAGUCCUGCUUCUGCGUUACAUUGAUUGGUCGACAGUGGCCAAUGACUUCCUUCUGGAAAUCUCCCAAACAGAAAACUUCUUCACAACAAAUGAGUCAAGCUUAUAUCUUCUGCUUCAGACUUUGUUCAGCUCAACCAUUCCCUUGGGUCCAUACACUGACCUGUUCCCAGGGCUGAGAGAAAAGUAUGGCUUUCUGUUGGACCAUAUUAUACACAAUAGUUACAUGCUACCUGUGGAACCUGAGGAGUACUUUCCUGUAUCCUUUCAUUUGGCCACCAUUCUUCCAUCUGCCUCCCCCCACCCUGGCUACCAGGUUAAGAAAAGCAGCAAGACAAGAGAGCCUGACCUGUUGUUUAUCUCGGGGGUCAAUGAAAACGACAAUGCAAAUAAUGAAGAACAUGGGGGCCAGGAAGUUGUUGACUGUGUAAUUUCAGAAGAGCGUUGUGAAAAGGACAACAAAGAUUUGGAAACAUACAAUUUGGCCAGUCUUGGAUGCACACUCGAAGAAUCUCAGCUGCCAAAGGAUUUUAUUAAAUUGCCCGAUGUUUGUAAAAAGGAGUCAGCCAUGGCCAGCAUGGCAAGGAGAGGUCGGCCUCGCAGAGCUGUUGCAGCUGCAAAGAUUCACUCAGAUUCGGCUCAUCUAGCUUCCCUGUCCACAAAAACACCUUACCAGAAGAUAAGCACCGAGGCUAAUAGCAUCCCACCAGAGAAAAAGAUGAAAACCACAAGAAAGGAAAGAAAGGAAACAUAUGAACGAGGGAAAAAUCGGACAGACAGUAAAGUAGCUGGACUUAAUCCAGAUAAUGGUGUAACUGGCAAACAGAAGAAGAGAAGAGCUCCAUCCAGGUUGACUGUGCCAGAAAAGCUUACCCCUCUUAAAAGAAGGGCAGGUGGUGGGAAAAAUGUGCCCAGGAAAGUGGCAUCUGAUAAGGCAAAAGCAAGUGACAAAGAACAGUUGAAUACAUCAUCUGCUGAUGAUAGUUCAGCAGAAAAGUCUCCAAGGAAGAUGGCAGAGAAUGAAUUUCUUUCUCAUGAUGAAGAGGCAGAUUCAGGUGAAAAUCUUGUGAACAAGGAACCUGUAGGUGCACAGAAUAUAAUUCCUGCUACCAAAAGGACUUAAAAUGGAUCCCUUACAAAUCAAGAGCAAAUCUCUUUAACAGAACCUGUGCAGUUAGAGCAGUCUGCCUCUUCACACAAACAGCUGCCUGCAUAUUUGCUUCCAGCAGAAGAAAGCGUGCCACAGGAGCAGAAAAGGACAUCCCCACAUUUUCCUGACAGUUCAAACAAAUGUGAAGAGCAUGGUAAUUCGGCUUCAUUCAGUGCAGUCUCAGCUGGUCCUCAGAAACCUCCUCAUGUCAAGCAAGGAACUGUGUUUUCAUGCACAGUGUGCAGUUUUGAGUGCUUCUGGCGCAUGGCCUUUUACAGCCACAUGCGCCAACAUUUUCCUGGACCACCUCAUGUUUGUGACCAUGAAGGAUGCGGAUAUGCUGCCAGUAAGAUUCAGCCCUUCCUGAUGCACCGGCGCAAACAUACAGAUGAGCGGCCUUAUAAGUGUACUCAUUGUGGAGCUCUUUUCCGCAACAGCAACAAUCUCUAUGCACAUCUGAAAUGCCAUUCAGAUGACAAGAAAUUUGAGUGCCCAGUAUGUAAACGUCGUUUUCGAAUGAAGAACACAAUGGAGCAACAUAUGGUCAUUCACAGUGAUGAUCGACCAUACCUGUGUGAUACCUGUGGCUUCUCAACUAAAUAUCAAUCUCACCUCAUUGCCCACAAACGGAUACACACUGGAGAGGUGUUUCACUGUAACUUCCCUAUGUGUAAGUACUACUCUCCAAAACGCAGUCAACUAAAGGCACAUAUGAGAUCCCACCUGAAUGUCCGACACUUUGCCUGUGAGAUAUGUCAAAAGUCUUUUGUGGAGAAGAGUCAUUUGGUACGUCACAGACGCAUACACCAAGAGGAUAGACCCUUCAGAUGUGAGAAGUGUGACUACAGUUCCACAAGGAUGGACAAGCUGCGUGAGCAUGUAGAGAGACAUCAUGGUGACAAUCCAGCUGUUAAACGCAAGUUCACACCUCGUAAGAAAAAAGGUAUCUCCUCUUCUAUUCCCACAACUUCCUCUACCACAGCCACCUCAUCAUCCAACAUCAAGAUGGUUUCCUCUGCUUUACCAAAGGAGAACCACUGGGGGCAGAAUGUAGAGGCAUCAAUAGCAACUUUAGUGUCAGCAGCAGAGGAAGUGCAACUUGCUUCUGAGAUUACAGAGAGCACCGGUCAGGUAUAUGAUCGUGCAUCAGGCCAAGAGCUUGUUCCGCAUCACUCUCUAGCUACCAACUGUGAAAACAGGACUCAGACGAACGGGUAUGGUUUGCAUGAGAGGGUGGUUGGUCGCAUUGAGUACACAGUGUCUGGUAGCUCAGGUCAGACUGUUGGAGCUGCCACGGGCUCCAGUUCUCAGGGCAUAGAGGAUGGAGUCAGAUCCUUAACUGGAUCAAGUGGCAAAUCUGUGGCCAUCACCUCCACCCAACUCUCGUAUGACAGCUUGCAUCCAAAGCAGUUUCAUCACAUGCACUCUAACAACCACCAAAGCCUAAGCCACCCUCCCCGGCAUGUUUCGUUGCACAUACAACACCAUGCACCUGCUUCCCUCUUGCAGCAGCCACAGCAGGCUGCACACACAUCUGCCUCACUUUUGCAGCAGCUGGCGAUGUCUGUUGGUGCUGCGUCAGGCAGCGAACAAGUCUCUUUGCCAUCCUCUGUGGUAUCAAACACUAACGCGAUAGUUCUUGCUCACUCCAUCUCGACAGACAUGCCUGUAGCACCACACAUUUUGCUUUCGACCAUGCCGCAGCAUGCAACAGCCUCUGCAGCUGACAGUCUGGCAUCCCUGUCUCAUGGGUUGACACUGUCUCUGCUGUCAACUCAAUCUGGAGUAAAUGCUGCUGGUCUCCAACAAGUUUUUCAGUCCUCUGGCUUGCCUGUCACACCAGCACAGUUAACCUUACAGCAGCAGCAAGAGCAUCACCAGCAGCAAUCUCAUCAACAGCAGCAACAGCCUCCUCUAACUCACAGCUCUCAGCAGAACCCUGACUUUGGUGGACUGAAUGCUUUCAUGGCAUUGCUCUAAAGGUACAGCAAGAUACAUGUAACCUCCAGUUGUUGGAAGUCGUUGGUCUUUCAUUAGAGUUGGGUAUGGUUUUAUUACAAAAAGAACUAGCCUUUUUUUUGUUCUUUGUGCUUUCCGAUUAUGGCUCAGUUCUGUAAUUGUACCAGAUUUUUUUCUGCAUUCACAUGGCCUUUAACAAAACUUUAACAGUAAUAACCAGGUGGUAUUAAAAAAAACAAACCUGUUGGCUGUUAGUGGCUAUAUCUGAUCUUUUUAGAUUGGUCCUAUUUCUGAUGUGGGAAAUAUACCUAUAGGAUUCAUUGGGUCAUAUAACUAGCUCAGAUCUGGUUUACUUGAUCCAUGGCAAUGACAGUUUUCUUUUACUCAAAAUGACAAUCAACAAACUUGAAACGCACCACUGAGUCCAGUGACCUUAUAGGUUGAAGUGGAUUUAUCACCACUUGGAAUUGGGCACAGUUCUCACUUAUCUUUGGCUUUAACUAUUCCGUUUGUUUUUACAUGCUAGUCCUGAGAAUGCCUUGAAAUCAAGGUAAGCAUUCUGUAGCAAGGAGUUGUUUUGUGGAGGAGGUUAGAUGUUCCCUUUACUUUUUUUUUUUUUAAUUGUUCUCUGUGUUGAUAGUGUAUGCUGACAACUUAGAAGGUAGUCAUAGAAAGAAUCUAUACUUUAGUCUCAAAUGAGUGCUAAAAUUAUAGCUUAAAGAAUGCAGAGUUCCUGUCCUCUAUCUAACACACGGUGCCCCAACUGUGUUGUACAUGGCUAUUUUUAAGCCCCUUAACAAACUGGGCCACCAGGUGGGUAUUUGACACGUCCCCCUGCAGGCUGUUUGCUUUCGCCUGCAAAUUCUGGAGCGUCACAGCGUACUCGUCGACCGCCUCAUCAGGCCGCUGUCGGCAAUUGUAGAAACUGGCAGUGAUAUCGACGACAUCUUUCCGCUCGCCAUAUGCCUCCACUAAGACACCCAAGAUCUAUUUCAGCGUAUCUAUUGUGUCAUGCAGAAGCAUCAAAACUCGACGUCUGGCAGGUCCCCCAGCUUGCUCAAGAUAUAACCAUGUCAGGAACUUUAUUUUUGAUCUCUCACUUUCACUCACUACACGCACGCGUCCCCUUGAGUGUUCUUCCAAUCACAUAUCACGAAGAUUUGUCGUGGGAAUCAAAACUUUAAAUCAAUCAACAUUAACUAAAUACAAAGUCCGUAGGUCUUCCACACUGCGACCUGUAACUCCAAACUCACACCAAAAAUGAAAUCUUCCUUGAAUUGCACAUACAGUCAAAUCUCCCUACUAUGCCACCCCGCUACUAUGCCACUCUCGGUAUUAUGCCACUUUUGCUCGGUCCCGACUAUAAAUUCAAUGUAAAAAAAAAUUUACUAUGCCACCCCAGACUU